AUGAGUCUUAAUGAACGAACAUUAACAGCAGCAUCUACGUUGAAUGUUCAAGGAUUACGUGGAACAUCAAAUCAAUCUGAUGAACAAACUGAACCAAGUGCAACAUUAAGUAUUUUUUCACUUGAUUAUAAGAAACAUGAUGAUCUGAAACAAAUGUUAGAUAGUAAUAAAGAUAAUUUAAAAUUAGAAGCUAUGCGUCGAAUUAUUGGUAUGAUUGCAAAAGGUAAAGAUGCUGCUGAUCUAUUUCCAGCUGUUGUUAAAAAUGUAGUUUCAAAAAAUAUGGAAGUUAAAAAAUUAGUUUAUGUUUAUUUAAUGCGUUAUGCUGAAGAACAACAAGAUCUUGCUUUACUUUCUAUUGCUACAUUUCAACGAGCAUUAAAAGAUCCCAAUCAAUUAAUUCGUGCAAGUGCAUUACGUGUAUUGUCUAGUAUUCGUGUUCCAACAAUUGUAACAAUUAUGAUGUUAGCUAUUCGUGAUGCUGUUACAGAUAUGUCAGCUUAUGUUCGUAAAACAGCUGCUAAUGCUAUAGCAAAAUUAUAUGCUUUGGAUCCAGAAUUAAAAGAUGAACUUGUUUUAAUUAUUGCUAAAUUACUUGCUGAUAAAACGAUUUUAGUUAAUGGUAGUGCUGUACAAGCAUUUGAACAUGUAUGUCCAGAACGAAUUGAUUUAAUACAUAAAAAUUAUCGACGUUUAUGUAAUCUUUUAAUUGAUAUUGAUGAAUGGGGACAAGUUACAGUUUUAAAUAUGUUAACAAGAUAUGCACGUUCACAAUUUAUUGAUCCGAAUAAAACGAUUGAAGAUGAAAAUAAAAAUUUUUAUGAAAAUGAAAUAGAAAAAAUUGAUAAUGAUGAUGAAGAUUCAUUAGAGAAAAGAACAUAUGUAAUGGAUAGUGAUCAUCGGUUAUUGUUGCGAUGUACAAAACCAUUAUUACAAAGUCGAAAUUCAGCUGUUGUUAUGGCUGUAGCACAAUUAUAUUAUUAUGUAGCACCUCAUAGUGAAAUUCAAAUUGUUGCUAAAUCACUUCUUCGUUUACUUCGUCAUCAUCGUGAAAUUCAAACAAUUAUUUUAAAAUCAAUAGUAUUCAUAGCUGAUAAACAUAAACAAAUAUUUGAACCAUAUUUAAAAUCAUUUUAUGUUCAUUCAAAUGAUAGUGGUCUUGUUAAACAUUAUAAACUUGAAAUUCUUACUACAUUAGCUAAUGCUACAAAUAUAUCAACAAUACUUCGAGAAUUUCAAACAUAUGUUUUAAGUUCGGAUAAAGAUUUUGCUGCUCAUAGUAUUCAUGCAAUAGGACGAUGUGCAAGUACAAUAUCAGAAGUGACUGAAGCUUGUUUAAAUGGUCUUGUUGCAUUAAUGUCAAAAAAAGAUGAAACAAUUGUUGCUGAAAGUGUUGUUGUUAUUAAAAAAUUAUUACAAAUUAAUCCAUCACAAUCUAAUGAAAUAAUUAAACAUAUUGUUCGAAUGGUUGAUAAAGUUACUGUUCCAAUAGCACGUGCUUCUAUUUUAUGGCUUAUUGGUGAAUAUUCUGAUCGUAUUAAUAAAUUAGCACCAGAUGUAUUAAGAAAAAUGGCAAAAACAUUUACUGAUGAAGAAACAAUAGUUAAACAUCAAAUAUUAAAUUUAGCUGCUAAACUUUAUGUUGUUAAUGCUAAACAAACUCAUUUAUUAGUUCAAUAUGUAUUUAAUUUAGCUAAAUAUGAUACUAAUUAUGAUACUCGAGAUAAAGCACGACUUCUUCGAGCAUUAUUAAUUCAAAAUGAUAAAUGUCCUACAUUAAGUAAACAUGCAAAAAAAAUUCUAUUAGCACCUAAACCAGCACCUAUUCUCGAAUCAAUUAUUCGAGAUCAUGAUCUAUAUACAUUAGGUACUUUAUCAUUUGUUAUUGGUCAAAAAGCAGUAGGUUAUAAAGAUCUACCAGAUUUUCCAUUGGAACAACCAGAUCCAAAUGUUCGUAAUGUUGAAAUAAUACCUCCAGUACCAUCACAACAUUCAAUAUCGAAAAAAUCAAAUACAUCUACAGGAAUAACAUCAGGAGAAAGAAAGAAAAGUACUAAUGAUGAAAAUUUCUAUUCCGAUGAUGAAAAAGAAGAAGAAGAAGAAGAGGAAACUUCCACUGAAGGACCUGAUACAGAUAGUGACGAAGAUGAAGAAGAAGAAGAUGAUGAUGAAAUAGAAAAACAACAAACAAUACAAAAUGAAAAUCAUACAAAUGAAUAUGAACAAUUAGAUGCACAAUCAACAAAUAAUAAUGAACCAGAAGAAGAAGAAGAAGAAAACGAACAUAAACAAGAAAGUAGUGAAGAAGAAGAAUCCGAAGAAGAUGAUGAUGAAGAAAAUGAAUCAGAUGAAUUAACUGACGAUGAAAAAUCAACACCCAAUCAACUAUUAAUAGUUGCUAAAUCAGAAUCGACUAUAGCUCCAAGUGAUUAUACCAUUCCUGCAACAGAAAAAUCUCUUUUAGAAAUGGAUCUUGAAGCUUUUCUUGGUUCAACAUCAACAAAUGUUCAAGUAGCAUCCGUAAAAAAUAAUAUUUUUAAUGAUUUACAUGGAUUAGAAUCUUUAACUUCAACAUCAUCAAAUCUAAGACAAUAUGAUUGUUUAAAUCGUAUAACUGGUCAUGGUUUACAAAUACAAUAUCGUUUUCCACGUACACCAUUUCGACAAUCAUCAAAUAUGGUACAUAUUGAAUUAAUAUUUACAAAUACAACAACAAAUAAAGAUAUACAUUCAAUAAAAUUUCAUAAAUCGAAAUCAAAUAUGAAUAUUCAAGGAUUUGAUCAAAUUGAUAUAUUACCAAGUGGUUUAUCAAUUGUAACAUCAAUUGGUAUUGAUUUUAAUGAUAAAACACAACCGGCAUUAUUUGAUAUUUUUUAUGAUGAUAAUUUAAUACCAACAUCAUUAACAAUAUCAUGUCAUGUUGGUGAAUUAAUUGAACAAAAAUUUUUAAAUGAUCAACAAUUUAAUCAAAAUUUAGCUCGUCUUCGUGGUAUGAAUGAAAUAAUAGAUAAUGUUAAUGUUAAUGAAAUACAAAUAUCAAAAUUAAAUUUUAAUACAAUUCAAACUAAAGUACUUCAAUGUGCCAAUAUGAUUUCAGUACCAUCGAGUUCUGGAGAUUCAACAUUGUUUCGAUUUUCUGGACAAACAAUAUCAAGUAAAUCACUUGUACUUUUAACAAUUCAAUUAAAUAUUAUUCAAUCAACAGUUGAUUUAACAAUGAAUUCUGAACAAAUUAUUCUUGCUACAAUGUUACUUAAAGAAAUAAAACAAACAUUUCUAUCAAUAUAA